UGACGCCUUGGUCGCGAUGUCGUCGAGUAACAGGAUAGUCAGGCAGCCCUUCAGCCGCGCUGUCUCAGCGGUCGGCGUCAAGAAGAAGUCCAAGACUGCCAAGUACCCCCCCGAGCUCGACCGCCGGGUGGAUCUGCGACUGGUCAAGUUCGAUGUGAUGAAACCGUGGAUCACGGACCGCGUCACGGAGCUCCUCGGCGUGGAGGACGAGGUGCUCGUCGCGAUGAUAUUCAACUUUCUGGAAAUGGACCAGGUUCACAGUAGCGGCGCGGCCAUCCACUCGCAGCUCCUGACCUUUCUCGACGUCAACACCGACGCCUUCAUGGUGGAGCUCUGGGAACUGCUGGUCUCGGCGACGCAGAACGCGAGUGGCAUACCGCAGAAGUUCAUCGACGAGAAGGCGGCCGAGCUGAAGCGCCAGAAGGAGAUCGCGGAGGAGCUCAAGAAGCGACAGCGGGCGGUGGAGGGGAGGGUGAAGAAGGAGGAGAGGAGGUCCAGGUGGGACGACGACGACAGGCGAAGGGACAGGGACAGGGACAGGGACAGGGACAGGGACAGGAGGAGGGACCGGUCCAGGAGCAGGGACAGGGACUACAGGGACCGGUCCAGGAGCCGGUCCAGGAGCAGGGAUCGAAGGAAGCGAUCAAGGAGCCGCAGCCGCAGCCGCAGCCGCUCGAGGAGUCCGGCCAAGCGUCAGGAUCGCUACGAGAGGUACAAGUGACCUAGUGAGGAAUCGUCGUCUGUUGUACAUGUUCUCGAGUUCAGCGCGCGCCGCGUGCACCCCGGGGAGGACGCUCAUUUCUUCUUC